AUGAGUACGGAAACAUCGAAUAAGCAUUUAGAGACUUUGGCUGGUCAUGUUUUUGACAAUGACAAACUGGUCACCUACAAAUGGCUAAGCAAAGAGCUGCAUAUCCAUGUUAAUAUAGCAAAACAAAUGUUGUGGGACUUUUAUCAAAAGUAUCAAAGCAACAAUAACAUAGAAUGCACAUAUUUAUUGAUAGGUCAUCUAAAGGAGAAAGGAAUGCGUGUAGAAGUUGUUAAAGGAUCCAAUUUAUCUGAGGCUAAAGAAAAAUUCAAUAAAAUUAUCUCAGAACAUGUCUAUAGUGUUCACAAGCCAAUUGCAGAUCUGGAAUUACUUGCCACUUCUGGUUCAGGUGAUACAGCUUACAGCGCUAUAAAAUGUGAUGCCUGCAAAGAGCGAACUGAUGAAGAAAUGCAACUAUUACGUUGGGGUACAACUGCUAAAAAACUUACAAUGGAAAAUGUGACAAAUUUAAAGUCUAUAAAUUCGACAAAUUCAUCAAAGGCAGAAAAGAAUCUAAAGACUGAUUCUAGUGAUUCAGAGAUACAAAGUGAUGUAGAGAUGGAGGAGUCGGUUCCUGAAAUGGAACCAGAAAUUCCUAUGAAAGCAAAGAGUCCUUCUCCACCAAAAGUAAAACAUGAAAAUGGUAAAAGAAAAGUGUUGAAAUUAAUUAAUAGAACUUACAAAGAAGGCGAAUAUAUUGUAACAAAGAAAGAACAUGUUUAUAUAAAUAAAUUGCUUCACCAGAUGAAUACUGGGAAUACUGCAACUGAAUAA